AUGCCAGGUUGUUUUAAGAAGACGUGGUUCGGCUUGGCCUCAUUGCUGAGCUUCUCAUCCUUCCUGUUGAUCAUCAUUGCUCUGGCAGUUCCCAAGUGGAUAAGUGGGAAGAUCCUCUGUCAGACUGGAGUGGAUCUGGUCAAUGCUACAGAUCCAGAGCUAGUUAAAUUCAUUGGAGACAUUUACUACGGACUCUUCAGGGGCUGCAAAGUGCGGCAAUGUGGGCUGGGUGGCCGGCAUUCCCGAUUCACCAUCUUUCCUCACAUGGUGAAACAACUGAACACUGGCCUUCAUGUCAUGAUUUUAAUCUUCCUUUUUGUGGCCAUGGCCUUGGCUCUGGUCAGUAUGGGGUUUGCAAUCCUCAAUAUGAUAAAGGUCCCGUAUCGUGCAAUAAAUGGGCCUGCUGGUAUAUGUCUGUGGAAUGUACUUGCAGGUGGCGUCGUUGCUUUGGCCAUUGGGAGCUUCAUGGCAGCUGUGAAAUUCCAUGACCUCACAGACAGAAUUGCCAAUUUUCAGGAAAAGAUCUUUCAGUUUGUCAUUGUGGAGGAACAGUACGAAGAGUCUUUUUGGAUCUGUGUGGCAAGCGCUGCUGCUCAUGCAGCAAAUUUGCUGGUGGUAGCCAUAAGUCAGAUUCCCCUUCCCGAGAUAAAGACCAAAAUAGAAGAAGUAACUGUGACAGCAGAGGAUAUCUUAUACUGA